UGAGAACAGCAUGCUCACUCCGUGUUUUAGCAUCUCUGAUGUCAAUAAAUGAAGCCUGAGGUAUUUUGACCCAUUACAGACAGAGCCUUAAUAGAAAAUCCAUAUCCCAAGAUGCAGUGGUGCAGGUGGGCCGGCGGUUGGAGAUCACACCUACCAAGACAGUCUGCAGGACCAGAGAUUGAGGACUCUUUUGACUUUCUUUUUAAAAUCAUCCUGAUCGGGGACUCUGAUGUGGGGAAGACGUGUGUGGUCCAGAGAUUCAAAUCUGGUAUUUUCAUUGAAAAGCAGCAAAACACCAUUGGGGUUGACUUUACUGUUCGUACCCUGGACAUUGAUGGCAAGAAAGUGAAGAUGCAGGUGUGGGACACAGCUGGACAGGAGCGUUUCCGCACCAUAACUCAGAGCUACUACCGCAGUGCUCAUGGGGCGAUGGUCACCUAUGACAUCACACGUCGCCCCACAUUUGAAUCUGUUUCCCACUGGUUACGGGAGGUGGAGCAGUAUGGAGCUGCCAGUGUUGUUGUGAUACUCAUAGGGAACAAGUCAGACCUCCAUGAUCAGAGGCAGGUGUUGUUUGAGGACGCGUGCACUCUGGCAGAAAACAACAGUGUCCUCGCUGCUCUAGAAACCUCGGCUAAGGAGGCCCAGAACGUAGAGGCAGCCUUUAACCUCAUGGCCCGGGAGCUGCUGGCACGCAAUGGCAUGACCAUCAUGGACGAGUCAUCUCAAGAACCAUCUCAAUUCAUGCUGCGCAACAGUUCUCACCCAGUCCACGGUAUUAUGUCUUCAGAUAAGAAGUGCGGGUGCUGAGCAGACUCGAAGACACAUUAAGUUUCUCCAAAACAGAAUGUUACUUUCAUCAGACAAACGUAAUGAGUUGCUUUUAGUACGUGUGUGAAGAUAUUUUUUGUUUUGAAUUUUAAUAUUUAUACAGUUCAAGGAUUCAGUAGUAGUUUUUAAUGCAAACUGCUUUUUACAUGUAUUUCUUUUGCAAUAUUCACCUGAGGAUAUCUGCUGCUGAAUGUGUUGAUGACUCCGGCAUGAAGAACCACACCUUAGCCAGAGGACAGAGUACACACAAGACGGUUGACGUGAAACUUGGUGCAUUUUGAAUUGCUCGGUCAUAAAGUACGGCUUCUUCUCGUCA